AUCAUUCAGUCUUCAACCAAUAUCCAAUAUUACAGUGACACGGCGCAUUUUCGAAUCCAAAUAUCAUAAAAAAACAUUACAACAAGUAAAACCAAAUAAAAUAAGAUAAGUAUAUUUGCAUUUAUUUUUCUGCAUUUGUAUAUCCAAUAAAACAGUCAGAAUUAUGGGUACCGAAAGAACCUAUCAAUCAUAUAUUAAUACCGAAUCCAGUGACGAAAUUGUUAUUUCUGGUAUCGCUGGUAGAUUCCCAAGCUCAGACAAUAUAAAACAAUUACAAAAAAAUCUAUUCAACAAAAUUAAUCUUCUAAGAUUAAAUCGAUGGGAUAUAGAGCAUUCGGACUUACCACUUCGCACGGGAACAAUUAAUAAUCUGGAAAAGUUUGAUGCCGAUUUUUUUGAUAUAUCUUUCAAACAAACAAAUAUACUUGAUCCUAUGAUAAGAAUGUUACUGGAACACAGUUACGAAGCAAUUAUCGAUGCAGGGAUCAAUCCAAAACAAUUACGAGGAAAAAAUACUGCAGUAAUCAUUGGAACGUGUUAUUUUGAAUCACAAUUGUCAUUUUUGUACGAAAAUUUGCAGAUAUCCGACGGAACCAUUGUAGGAUGUUCCAAAUAUGCAGCGGCAAAUAUGCUAUCUCGUACAUACGAUCUGAAAGGACCAUCGUAUACAGUGGAUACUGCCUGUAGCUCUGGUAUACAGGGUGAUUCGAAAUAACCUGAUGUCCUUGAAAUGUCAUAUUCUUGAACGAAUUUUAAGACGAUUUUUCCUUUUGCAAAAUUUUGUCCGAAGCUUAGUUUUCGAGUU